CAGUGACUCAUUUAGCUCCCCAUUCACGUUGGGUCCCUCGACGAACGCAACGAGUACUAUCAUGACCAUUAGUACUGUAAAGGUCCAUAUGGAUGAACUUUUCAGGGCUUCCGGCAACGAUAAGCCUGGUACCGACUCAGAUCUGGAUACCCUUCGGCUAAGAUAUGUCGGUGAGGUGGAUCUUCCUGAAUCCGAAGAGCCUCUAUUAAAAGAGUCAAAACGCCGUUUUGUUCUGUUCCCUAUUCAAUACCCCGAGAUAUGGUAAAUGUACAAAAAAGCAGAGGCUUCGUUCCGGACUGCUGAAGAAAUGGACUUGCAGAUGGACCUCUACGACUGGAACAACAAGCUUAACGAAAAUGAACGGCACUUCAUUUCCCACGUCCUCGCAUUUUUUGCGGCAUCCAAUGGCAUCGUUAACGAAAACCUGGUGGAGCGCUUUUCUAAGGAAGUGCAGGCCGCUGAGGCGCGUUGUUUUUACGGCUUCCAAAUCAUGAUGGAAAACAUCGACUCUGAGACAUAUUCUCUCUUAAUUGACACUUACAUCAAGGACCCUGCACGGCGAGAGUACCUCUUCGAUGCAAUCGAAACAAUACCAUGCAUAAAACUCAAGGCUGAUUGGGCUUUACGUUGGAUAACCGACCAUCGCUCCACCUUUGCGGAACGGCUAGUUGCAUUUGCUGCCGUAGAGGGUAUCUUCUUUUCUGGAUCAUUUGCAUCCAUCUUCUGGUUGAAGAAGCGGGGACUGAUGCCUGGCUUGACUUUUUCCAAUGAGCUCAUUAGUCGUGAUGAGGGCAUGCACACUGACUUUGCAUGUCUGCUGUUCAGUCACCUGAAGCGCCGUCCACACCCAGAGGUUGUCGAGCGUAUUAUUGUGGAGGCCGUAAACAUAGAGCAACAGUUCUUGACAGAUGCUCUCCCUGUCGGACUUAUCGGCAUGAACGCAAAACUCAUGUGCCAGUACAUUGAGUUUGUUGCUGACCGUCUUCUUGUCUCCCUCGGGAACGAAAAGGCGUACAACUCAAUCAACCCAUUCGACUUUAUGGACAUGAUAUCCUUGCAGGGCAAGACCAACUUCUUCGAAAAGCGGGUGUCGGAUUACUCGAAAGCCAAUAUCAACAUGACGGGAACCGUGGAGAAUGCUCCAACCAAGACCUUCUCUACCGACGAGGAUUUCUGAUGUGUCCUUAUCUAUGGAUCCUUAUUCGCAUUUUUGUAUCAAUAUUUUGUAAACUAUCUCACCCACCUGCGCUCCGCUCCUGAUUCC